AUGUCAGAAGAACCAACAUGUCAACUCAGAAGACGAAGGUCAUCAGGAAAUCCAAAUUUGCCACUAAAAUUAGAAGUUGGAUACCAAAUAAAUGAAGGGGAACCAGCGGAGGGCACACCGUCUCCAAGCAGAUUCACCGCCAAUUCCAGAAGGACUUCGGCGUCAGCAUUGCAGGAUUUCAAAAACAAGCAACAAUCUUUCGACAUACAGGUAGAAGAAUGCGAAGAAGAAGAGAUAGUCAUUGACAGUGAUGACGAAGGUGGUCCAGAAGAGCCAACAGCGAGUGGUGUCAGCCGCCCUAUUACGCCAAUGCCUAUCCAGGACUUCGGAGCAAACGUCGUUUACAGCGAAAGGCCUCAGAUGACGGAUUUCUUAAAAGUGAAAGCAAUAGAACAGGAUUGCUACACUGACGUUUCGGACGCGGACACCGAAGGCGAGGAGGAAUAG